AUGAUUCUUCUCUUCCUAUUCUCUAUCGCACUUCGGGGAGUUGUUGCAGACAAAUUUGACCUUUCAAACUUGAAUUGGACUCUGAAGAAUGACAACAAGUCUAUCAUCAUUCCAGCUCAGAUACCUUCACAGGUGCACCUUGAUCUGUUCAAGGCGGGCGUCAUUACGGAUCCACUCAUCGACAUCAACGAUUUCACACAACGAUGGAUUGUCUAUGAUAAUUGGACAUACACGGCAGAUCUGAGUCCCUUUCUCGAUACUUUGACGUCGACAACGCGGUUACCUGAAAGCGUUUUGCUCGUUGCCUAUGCUGAUCCAUAUUUAUUUACCUUUGAUCGUCAGACACUCUUCGGCCACCCCGUUUCAUGGGUCGACAAUCAGUUUCGACAAUAUGUUUUCGACGUCACCGACUUGAUAUUAUCGAGCGACAACCGGGAUAGAAACAUCACUUUUUCCUUUGAAUCUGCGUUUUAUUAUGGUCGGAAUGUCAGUGCUAGACCUGACGCUGAGACGUUCCCUGGAAAAAAUGGCGAUUUUGUAUUCCCUGGCAUUCGGUAUUGGAUGCGCAAGGUUCCAUGCGACUUUGGUUGGGACUGGGGUCCAGCAUUUGUUCCAAGUGGAAUAUAUAAACAAGCGUUUCUCGUCACUUUGGCUUCCCCACCUAACACUGCAUUGGAAAUGGACAUCAAAGAAGCGGAGGCAUCGCUGGACAUCUACAAGGUCGGACAAUCAUCCGCGGUACCUCCAAACGAGACGGUGGACUGGCUUGUCAACGUUUCUCUCUCCGUACGAUCGGCAUCCACAUUUUGGAAUCCAAGGCUAGCCAUUGCAUUACCUGAGCUUGGCCUGACGUCAGAGGCGGUCCUUUUUCCGUCUAUUGUUAAAAAUACGACGAGCCCUACGUGGUUACAACUUUCAUGGGCGAUUCCUGACUUGGCUGUUGAGCGGUGGUAUCCUCACAACCUUGGCCGACCCAGACUUUACAAUAUCACGAUAUCUUUGGAUCUAUGCCCGACCAGCGAGGGAUGUGCGCCUUUGGUACUCACUAUCCCAACUGGCUUUCGUACCAUUCAAUUGGUACAGAACUCAUACUCGCAUGAAGAUGUAAGAGAGCGAGGCAUUACGCCCGGGGAUCAAUGGCACUUCAAAGUUAACGGCAAGGACACGUACAUUAUGGGGAGUAAUCUUGUUCCUUUCGACCCAUUUUACAGCCGCGUCACGGACGACCAAGUCCGAUGGAUUCUUGAGAGUGUGGUGAAGAGUGGACAAAAUAUGGUACGCGUAUGGGGAGGUGGAAUUUACCAACCUUCGAGCUCAGACGUCUCGGGUGGAGGAUAUAAUUUUUACUCAGUCUGCGAUGAGCUCGGGAUUCUCGUUUGGUCGGAACUUAUAUUCUCUGACGCUCUGCAACCGAUCAACGAUUUUCUCCUCAAAACAAUCGAGCCGGAAGUUCGUCAGAACGUUAGAAGAAUAAACAGACAUCCUAGCAAUGCACAAUGGGCGGGCGGUAAUGAAAUUGAAGGCAUUGCGCUUUGGACGGAGAAGUACGUUCCUGAUGGCAAACAUUAUUUGAAUGAAUUUCUUGCCCUCUUUCAAGGGUUCUUGCAUGACAUUGUUGUGUCAGAGACGCAUUCUGUUCCAUAUACCGGCUGUUCAACAACCAAAGGAGUUCUGAGCCUUGAUCCAUAUACUCUCAGACUGAACAACGGAACUCCGGGACACAUCUAUGGCAACAGCGAGCGCUUCAAUUACGAUGCAUCCGUGGCCUUUGAUUAUAAUACGUUCCCUAUUUCUCGAUUUGUCAACGAGUUUGGAUAUCACUCCAUGCCAUCUUUCUACACCUGGGAGGAAGUUUUGACCUCGCCUGACGACUUUCUCUUCAACUCGACUGUUGUGCUGUCGCGGAAUCGUCACCCACCACCAGGAGAUCUGGCUUUUCCCAACCCAAAUGCGCACGAAGGCCAUCAUCAAAUGUCCAGUGCCGUGAAGCGCUGGUUGCCGUCGCCGUCAAAAAAAUUAUCAAAUGAGACCUUUGCGCAAUGGUGCUGGAGCACUCAGGUCUUUCAGGCCAUGACCAUAACUUCGCAAGUUGCGUGGUAUCGGCGCGGUGCUGGUCAAGGCGAAAAUAAUAUGGGUGCUCUCGUCUGGCAAUUAAACGAUAUCUGGCAAGGUGUAAGCUGGUCUAGCAUUGAAUAUUCUGGGCGAUGGAAGGUCUUGCAUUAUGGUCUAACAAAUUCUUUCUCCGCGGUCGUCGUCAAUGCGUUUUGGACUCCGGAGAACGAAAUCCUACAAGUACUCGUCACAUCCGAUCGCUUCAAUGAUAUUAAUGGAGUAGCUCAGCUAACGUGGUACGAUUGGUACGGAAACGAGCUGUCCUCUUGUGUAUAUCAUUUCACUGUCCCGCCCCUCAACAACACGGUUUUGAUGAACGUCGCUGGGUUAGCUUCAAUUUUGCCAUAUGGAAAAAAGCCCUCAGAGGUGUGGAUGCUUCUGAAUUCGACGGCCAAAGUCGACAAUAAAACGGUAACAAGCGAGCAACAUUUUACAACGAUUUCACUUGCGAAUGCGGCCAUCGUCGAUCCGAAGAUCAGUAUGUACGUCGCGGACGACCUGCAGAUUACGCUCUCGGCCCAAGGUGGGGUAGCUCCUUGGACUUGGAUCGAUCACCCGUUGGGCACAGUUGGCGUUUUCGUAGACGCCUUCACCGGAAAACCAACAAAUGGAUUUUAUCUUAUCCCUGGAGUUGAUCGCACUUUGAAAUUUAUUAUCCACGAACCCCCUCUUGCGCAUGACAAAAGGAAUUUUAGCACUACGGAUUUUGUGAUUCGCUCAAUAUGGAACAACACGCGUACGUAG